AUGGCUGGUUGUCUGCAAAGGACAGGACUUUGUAAAGGGCAGGCACGUUUGUUGAGAUGCCUCUUUGUGCUUUUCACUCUUGUCUUUUGCUUUUCUUCUGUGGACGCGGAGCCCCACCAAUUCGAUUCGGGUUUCCUUUACCGACAACGACAAGGACAUAAUGCUGACAGCAUCAUAGUGGCCAACAAUGGCCUCCGUGUUCCCUUCGGGAAGUCUGUGUACCUGGACCCUGUUAAUGACCUGGUGACUGAGGUGCAGCCCGGAGACCGCUGCUCCAUCACGGUCCUGGAGAAUGACCCACUGGCCCAAAAACCCGGAAUGCUUAGUCCUAAGAAGUUCCCCUGUGCGUUUGGCGGUGAUGAGGUGAAAUACACUCAUUUUGGCUCCCGGAGCCCCAGUAAAGACAGGGUGAAGCUGCAGCUACGCUACGACUCCCAGACGGACACGGUGGUCAUCCCCUUCAUGCUGGAGGUGGAGGUGGUCUUCCAGCAGCUGGAGGUCCUCACCAGGAACAUGCCCCUGGCUGUGGACAAGCUCAACGGCAACAGCAACCUCAUCGACAAAAAGGGCCUGGACUUUUCCUUUGAGGAUGGUGUCACUCAGUGCAAGGUCGCCACGCUGGUCGGCGCCGGCGGUCUCCCCAGGUAUGGCACCCUUUUAAAUAACUCCACUAAUGGCCAGAUGAUGGACUGUGAUGAGUUUCUUAAGCAAGGCAUUCGCUACAAGCACACAUCCACCACCAACUCUCCUAACAGAGACUAUAUCCCCAUGUUGGUAGAGCUGCAGGAUAAUGAGGGAAACACCAUUAUGCAGGAGCAUUUCCAGAUCAUGGUUAGAAUCAGAGAGGGUACAGAGAACACCCCUCCUAAGCCUAGUUUUGUUGCUAUGAUGAUGAUGGAGAUUGAUCAGUUUGUGAUGACAGCUAUCACCAGUGAUAUGUUGGCUGCCGAGGAUGUUGAAUCUGAUCCAGACGACUUAAUCUUUAACAUUACUUCCCCCCUGGGCCAUCAGCAAGGCUACAUCAUCAGUACAGAUGAUCAGAACCUCCCCAUCACCUCGUUCUACCAGAGAGACAUUAAAGAUUUGAAGAUAGCCUAUAAGCCUCCGUCCGAGGAUUCAGAAGUAGAGAGGAUUUUCCAGCUCGAGUUUGAAAUUGUAGAUACAGAGGGCGCCGUCUCUGAUACGUUUGCCUUUAUGAUUGUGGUGAAGCCUAUGAAUACUCUUGCUCCCGUAGCAACCAAGAACACAGGGCAGCUUUUGUUUGAGGGCCAGUCCAGAACUCUCUCCAGCUCUCACAACUUAGAGAUCAGUGAUGAAGAUAACCUGGACAAUGUGAAAAUCACAGUAGUGGACGGCUUGAAGCACGGCGAGCUGACGGUGCUCGGCGCACGCAGGAAAUUCUUCACACCUGCCGAUUUAGAUGCCGGCAUCGUGGUUUACCAGCACGACGGCAGCGACACCUACAGCGACAACAUCAUUUUUAGAAUGACUGAUGGCAGCAAUGAGGUCGAGUUUUUGUUCCCUAUCACUAUAGCCCCCACUGACGAUGAACCCCCUAUUAUCAAUGCAAACACCGGCCUGGUGCUUUUCAAGAAUGAAAUCAUGCAGAUUUCCCCCUUCAUUCUGAGCGCCACAGACAUAGACUCAGAGGAUUCUACCAUUAAAUUCAUCCUUGAGGCCCCGUACUCCACUGUAGGGGAGCUUAUCCUCAGACAAGUGGAGCCUCCCUCUAACCCCUCUCUCUGGAAGUUCAGUGAGACAGAUGAGAUGUUUGAACAGGUGGUGACCGAAUGUUUCCAGCAGGACAUUCUAGAUGGGAAGCUCUUCUACCGCCACAUUGGGCCUCACAGCACCACCACUGUGAUGGAUCAGUUUGUGUUCCGCGUCCAAGACGACAAUAACCCACCAAACCAGUCCGGUGAGCAUACCUUCACCAUUAAAAUCCACCCGGUGGAUGACCUCCCACCAGAGCUCUACCCAGGGACCACGCUUCACAUGACAGUGCAAGAGUAUGAGCUGACUCACUUCAAGAAGACGUUUUUGCGUUACACAGAUUUGGACUCGGAUGACAGGGAUCUGAAAUACACCGUCAUAAAGCCCCCCACUGACACAGACGAGAACAACCCGGCCCCCCUGGGUAACAUUGUUCUGACUGACAGUCCCGACUCUGUGAUCAGUGAGUUCACACAGGCGCAGGUCAACCACCACAAAGUGGCCUACAAGCCUCCAGACCAGGAACUGGGUAUCACUCCAAAAGUCCCUCAGUUCACAUUCAUUGUGGAGGAUACUGCUGGGAAUACAGUAGAUGGACUAUUCACUAUUUUCUUACAGCCCGUUGACAACAAGCCUCCCUUUAUCACCAACACUGGUUUCACUUGCCAGGAGAGAAGCACGUACAUCAUCACUAAGAAGGAGCUCGAUGCCACAGACCAGGACACAGAAUAUGAAAAUAUUCUAUUCACUGUGACCCAGAUUCCUCGCUAUGGGCAGUUGCAGUAUUUAGGGAUCGAUAUGUCGAAUAGUGAGACAUUUGUCCUGGAUGACAUCGAAAAUGGCCAUAUUGCCUACAUCCAUGGCGGGGAGGAAAGCCUCAGUGACGUUAUCAAGUGUGACGUCAGCGACGGCUUCCAUGAGGUACCUAUCAUCAUCAAGAUCUCCAUUAACCCAGUUGAUGACAAGACCCCCACCAUCAUGCUCCCUGCUGGCCUUCUAGGGGCAUCCAUCGAUGUCCUGGAGAACGGGGCAACUGAAAUCACCAGCAACGUCAUCCAGGGCCAUGACGAAGACACUGACGACCUCAUGCUGACCUUCAUCGUUGAGGAGCCCCCCAGGCUCGGUGAGAUCCUGGUGAGCGGUGCCCGCGCCGAGAGGUUCACCCAACAGGACAUCAUCAACGGCGUGGUGAUGUAUGCCCACACUAGUGGUGAGAUCGGCUCCUUCAAAGAGCAUGACUCCUUCAACCUCACCAUCUCCGACAUGUCCGAUGAAUGGGUCGUCGGGGGCAACAAGGUCCAAGGAGUCCGGGUGCUCGUCACCAUCCUGCCCGUCGACAGCAUCCCACCCAUCGUCAGCGUCGGGGAGCAGUUUGUGGUGAUAGAAGGGGAGAAGAACGUCAUUACUCUGGAUCACGUUAUGACUGAGGAUAUGGACACAGACAACAAUGACAUCCUGUGCACCGUUAUUGUCCAAUCAACAUCCGGGUACGUGGAGAAUAUCUCCCCAGCUCCAGGUUCUGAGAAGUCCAGAGCAGGCACCGCCAUCACCGCCUUCAGCUUCAAAGAUGUCUUCCUCGGUCAUAUCUACUAUGUCCAGAGCAUCCACAAAGGUGUGGAGCCUGUGGAAGACAGGUUUACCUUCCGUUGCUCCGACGGCAUCAACUUCUCUGAUCGCCACUUUUUCCCCAUCGUCAUCAUCCCUGCCAAUGAUGAGAAACCAGAGAUCUUCAUCCGUGAGUUUGUCGUGAUGGAGGGCAUGAGUCUGGUCAUCGACACACCCAUCCUGAAUGCGGCCGAUGCAGAUAUUCCAGGGGACGAACUGGAGUUUGAGAUCAUAAAGAACCCCAAGCAUGGCAAGAUAGUUCAGCAGCUUACAACGGGAACAGUCCCUGUUGUCAGGCUCUCAUUGGAACAGAUCAAUGAGGCCUCCAACAUCAUCUACGAACACGACGACUCAGAGACCAAAGAAGACAGCUUCGAAGUUAGGCUCACAGACGGGAAACACACAGUGGAGAAGAAGAUUCUCAUCAUGGUGAUUCCUGUCGAUGACGAGACACCGAGAAUGGCCAUCAAUGACGGACUGGAGGUUGAGAUUGGAGAAACCAAAAUAAUCAACAACAGAGUCAUGAAGGCUACUGAUCUGGACUCGGAAGACAAAGAGCUCAUCUACGUUGUGCGCUACGGCCCAAGCCAAGGCUAUCUCCAGCGUAUCACCAAGUUCGGACACGUUGUGGGCAACAUCACCCUCGACAUGAACUUCACCCAAGACGAAGUCGACAAAAACCUGAUCCAGUAUGUGCAUACGGGCCAGGAGGGUGUCCGUGACCUGCUUAAGUUCGACGUUACCGACGGCAUUAACCCCCUUAUCGACCGAUACUUCUACAUCAACAUCGGAAGCAUCGACAUGGUUUUCCCCGAUGUCAUCAACAAAGGCGUGACCCUAAAAGAAGGGGGCAAAGUGACUCUCACCACUGACCUGCUCAGCACCACUGACAUCAACAGCCCGGAUGAGUUCCUCAGCUUUAGCAUCACACGUGCCCCUAGCAGAGGCCAUCUUGAAUGCACUGACCUCCCAGGUGUGCCCAUCUCCACCUUCACCCAGCUGCAGCUGGCCGGCAACAAGAUCUACUACAUCCACACCUCAGACGAUGAGAUGAAGAUGGAUAGCUUUGAGUUCGAGGUGACGGACGGCUACAACCCGGUCUUCCGCACCUUCAGAGUGUCCAUCACGGACGUGGACAACAAGAAACCUGUCCUGAGCGUCCACAAGCUGCUUUUGGGAGAGGGCGAAAACAAGCUCAUCACCCCAUUCGAGUUGACCGUGGAGGACCGUGACACCCCAGACAACCUGCUGCGCUUUGUGGUCACCCAGGUGCCGGUUCAUGGCCAGUUGCUGUUCAACGGCACCCAGCCAAUCAACACCUUCACCAAGCAGGACCUGAACGAGAACCUCAUCACCUACAAGCACGAUGGCACCGAGUCCAACGAGGACAGCUUCUCGUUCACCGUCACCGACGGCACACACAACGACUUCUACGUAUUCCCUGAUACCGUGUACGAGACACGUAAGCCUCAGAUGAUGACCAUUCACAUCAGCACUAUUGACAAUGGGGUCCCCCAGAUCGUGGUCAACAAGGCUGCCCCGUCCCUAAGGGUUCUGCAUAGCGGCCACCUUGGCUUCCUGAUCACCAGCAAGGCCCUGAAGUCCGAGGAUCGAGACAGUCCUCACAAAGUCCUCAAGUACUCCGUGGCCGAGGCCCCACAGCACGGCUUCAUCAUGAACACCGCCCUGGGCAAUGACAGCAUCAAGGCCUUCACACAAGCUGAUAUCGACGAAAUGAAGAUUUGCUACGUGCUGCUUGAUGGUAGCAACGCCACAAGUGAUAUCUUCUACUUCACAGUAGAGGAUAAAGGUGGAAACAAGCUGAAGCCGCAGCCAUUCCGGCUCAACUGGUCGUGGAUCAGCCUGGAGAAGGAGUACUAUCUGGUGGAUGAGGACGCCAGACUCCUGGAGGUGACGCUCAGACGCAGGGGGUACCUGGGAGAGACAUCCUUCGUCAGCAUCACCACCAAGGAUGGCACUGCGGAGAAGGACAAGGACUUCCGGGGCAAGGCCCAGAAGCAGGUCCAGUUCAACCCAGGCCAGACAGUGGCCACCUGGAGGGUGAAGAUCUUCACGGACCAGGAGUUUGAGACCAGCGAGACCUUUGAGAUCCAGCUGUCAGAGCCUGUCAUGGCCGUGCUGGAGUACCCCGAUAGGGCCACUGUGGAGAUAGUGGACCCUGGUGAUGAGUCCAUGGUGUUCAUCCCCCAGGCAGAGUAUAAGAUAGAGGAGGACAUUGGGGAGCUGCUGGUGCCUGUUCGCCGCUCUGGAGACCUCGGCCAGGAACUCAUGGUCAUCUGCUACACCCAGCAAGCCAGUGCGACGGGCACCAUCCCCAGCACGGUCCUCUCCUACAGCGACUACAUCACGCGUCCCGAGGACCACACCAGCGUGCUGCGCUUCGACAAGGACCAGAGGGAGAAGCCCUGCCGCAUCAUCAUCAUCGACGACUCGCUCUACGAGGAGGAAGAGAGCUUCAACGUGACCCUCAGCAUGCCCAUGGGGGGCCAGGUGGGAGCCACCUUCCCCAGCGCGAAGGUCACCAUCCUGGCCGACAGCGACGAUGAGCCCUCUCUGUAUUUCGGAGAACUAGAUUACAUUGUGGAUGAGAGUUCAGGCUAUGUGGAGGUCAGGGUCUGGAGGACUGGCACUGACCUCUCCAAGACGGCCACAGUGACCGUCCGCUCCAGGAAGAGUGACCCCGUCUCUGCUGAAGCCGGCCUAGACUACGUGGGCAUCAGCCGUAACCUGGACUUUGCCCCCGGGGUGACCAUGCAGACAUUCAGAGUGACCAUUUUGGAUGACCUGGGUCAGCCGGAGCUGGAGGGUCCGGAAACAUUUGACCUGGUGCUGAGGAUGCCCAUGAACGCUGUGCUGGGGGAGCCCAGCAAGACCACCAUCACUAUUAAUGAUACUGUUACUGACCUGCCCAAGGUUCAGUUCAAGGAUGCUGCCUAUAAGGUGGAUGAGGCGGACGGGGAGAUGAAGGCCGUAGUGUAUCGAAGUGGAGACAUCAGUCACAGGUCUACGGUGCGCUGCUACACCCGCCAGGGCUCUGCCCAGGUCAUGAUGGAUUAUGAUGAGAGGCCCAACACGGACGGGUCACUCAUCACCUUCUUCCCAGGGGAGAGUGAGAAGGAGUGUGUGGUGAACGUGGUGGAUGAUAACCUGUAUGAGGAGGAUGAAGAGUUCCGUCUGGUGCUGGGAACGCCCAAGAGCAAGUCACUCUUCGGAGCCUCCAUAGGGGAACAGAAAGAGGCGGUUGUCACCAUUACGGACGAGAAAGACAAGCCCAUCAUCCGUUUCAGUGAGAUAAAGUACAGCGUACGGGAGCCCCAGAUCCAAGGGGAGACAGCCGUGGUGAAGAUCCCUAUCCUGAGGCUAGGAGACACCUCCAAGGUCUCCCUGGUCCGGGUCCACACCAAGGACGGGUCAGCCACCUCUGGAGAGGACUACAACCCGCUGUCGGAGGAUGUGGAGUUCAAGGAGGGCGAGACAGAACACUUUGUGGAGGUGCAGAUCCUGUAUGACGGCCAGAGAGAGAUGAGAGAAGCCUUCGUCGUCCACAUGAAACCUGAUGAGUACAUGGUCGCAGAGAUGCAGAUGAGUAAGGCAAUUGUGUACAUCGAGGAGAUGGACAGCGUGGCAGACGUCACCUUCCCGGCUGUGCCUACUGUGGUGUCCCUGCUAAUGUACGAUGACACGGCCCGCGCCAGGGACAACCCUCACCCCUCUACUGGCUACCCCAUCGUCUGUGUGACGGCCUGCAACCCCAAAUACCACGACUUUGACAAGACGGGCUCCAUCUGCACGGCAGAGAGCAUCAACGACACCCUGACCCAGUACCGCUGGCUGGUCAGCGCCCCCAGCGGGUCGGACGGGGUCACCUCGCCCCUGAGAGAGGUGGACACCAACACCUUCUUCACCAACACUAAGUCCAUCACCCUGGACUCCAUCUACUUCCAGGCUGGGUCGAGAGUCCAGUGUGCUGCCCGGGCGUUCAAUACGAACGGGGAUGCUGGUCUGGAGCUGUCCAGCCCCAUCAUGGUGGUCAGCAAGGAGGAGGGUCUGUGUCAACCACGUAUCACUGGCACGGUGGGAGCUGAGCCCUUCUCUGCUAAGAUCCGCUACACCGGCCCUGACGACCCUGACUUCCCCAACCUCAUCAAACUCACUGUCAACAUGCCACACAUGGACGGCAUGUUACCGGUCAUCUCUACGCGGCCCCUGUCCAACUUCGAGCUGACCCUGUCUCCGGACGGCACGCGCGUGGGCAACCACCGCUGCUCCAACCUACUGGACUUCAACGAGAUCCAGACGGGCCACGGCUUCAUUACCGACGCCACCAAGAACCCUGAGAUCAUCGGCGAGACGUCGCCCUACCAGUACAGCGCCGACAUGCGCUCCACCAACAGCCUGAGAUUCUACAGGAACCUGAAUCUGGAGGCUUGUCUGUGGGAGUUUAAUAGUUACUACGACAUGUCCGAGCUGCUCACCACCUGUGGAGGUUCUAUCGGGACGGAUGGACAGGUGCUGAACCUGGUCCAGUCCUACGUGACUCUGCGCGUGCCUCUCUAUGUGUCCUACGUCUUCCACUCCCCUGUGGCCGUGGGAGGAUGGCAGCACUUUGACCUGCAGUCAGAGCUCAAGCUCACCUUUGUGUACGACACCGCCAUCUUGUGGCAGGACGGAAUCGGCAGCCCGCCGGAGGCUGAACUACAAGGAUCCAUGUACCCCACCAGCAUGAGGAUCAACGAGGAGGGACGUCUGGUGGUCAACUUCAAGACUGAGGCCCGCUUCAGGGGACAGUUUGUCAUGUCACACCCAGGAACCACUCUGUCGUCCAUGGUAAUGUGUGCUGACCUCUCUGGCCUGACCUUCACCCUGGCCCUUGUCAGGACUGAGCCCACCUACAACCAGCCCAUGCAGCAGUGGAGCUUCGUCUCUGACUUCGCUGUGCGGGACUACUCUGGCACGUACACAGUGAAGAUGAUCCCCUGCAGUGCCUCUCCCAAUGGGGAGUUCAGCAUUCCCCCUGUGUGUCACCCACGAGAACCCCUCACCUUCCACAUGGACAUCCGCUUCCAGCAGGUGAGUGACCCGGUGGCGGCUGAGUUCAGUCUGAACACCCAGAUGUUCCUGCUGUCCAAGAGGGAGCUGUGGCUGUCGGACGGAUCCAUGGGCUUCGGAGAGAGCACCGACACAGCCUUCUCAGAAGGCUCCUCUAUCUACGGCCGUGUGAUGGUGGACCCAGUCCAGAACCUGGGUGACUCCUUCUCCUGCAGUAUAGAGAAGGUGUUCCUGUGUACAGGAGCUGACGGUUACGUCCCCAAGUACAACCCCACCAACAAGGAGUAUGGCUGCCUGGCCGACGCACCUUCACUGCUCUACAGAUUCAAGAUCCUGGACAAGGCUCAGCCAGAGACCCAGGCCACAGCGUUUGGAGAUGUGCUGUUUGAUGCCACUCUGGCCCUGGACACUCCUGGAGGCCUGCCUCUGGUCAGACAGCCUGGUUCAGACGGAUUCGCCCUGUCCUCCUCGCCUCUCUUCCAGGUGGCUGCAGGUCGGGAGUGGUUCAUCCACACCAUCUACACCGUCCGCUCCCGAGACAACGCCAACCGUGGCAUCGGCAAGCGCAGCCUGGAGUACCACCACAGCCUGUCCUCCGUGGCCGACCCUCAGCCCGACCUCCACACCUCCUCCCUGGGUCGCUACCGUCGUGCCGCCCCCGCUCCGGACCUGGCCCAGGACAUCGGCACCGACAACAAUCGGGGAACCAACAUCCAGCACAUCGCUCUGGACCGCACGGACCGCCUGGUGGUGAGCCAGCGCCAGCCAUGGGGGGGACGUGACCGGGCUGGGUCUGACCGCGACUCACCCUUCCUGGAGCGCCCCCUCCUGGAGAGCUCCGGCAGGGAGCCAGCGGACACCUCCACCCUGCCCACGCUGGUAGGCCUGGCCGGGUUGAUCCUUCUCACCUGCCUGGUUGCCAUGGUGGUUAUUCUGCUGGUGCGGCGCAAGAGGAAGAACCAGAAGAAGAGCCAGUUCCCUCCCUACUCCACCUCGUCGUGCUCGGCCUACAGCGGAGGGAGUGGCAACAGCAGAAAGGGCAUGAUGGGUACUGGACGCAGCAGCUUGGACAGCUCUGAGGUCUAG